CUUCUGAGAAAAAAAAAUGGCGGCCAAGGUGGGGUCAUUGAGGCACAGUUUCGUCGAGAAAAGCAAAGAACGACUGCUCUCAAGAAAAGGUUAUUCGGAUUUCGGUCUUCAGAGCUCCGAUGGCCGUGACGGAGCCGCCAAGUUCUGGUGCUUCCGAUUCAUGUCCGACGGGAUCACCAAUCUCUGGAACAACUUGCAUAACAUGUUCGUAGAGUUGUACGAAAUGGGCCGAUCGGAUCCUCGCAAAUUCGUGUUCGCCAUUAAAAUGGGCUUGUCCUUGGCUCUUGUCUCCCUCGUCAUCUUCUUCAAAGAGCCUCUCAAAAACGUCAGCCAGUACGCCAUCUGGGCAAUCCUCACUGUCGUUGUUGUUUUCGAAUUCAGCGUAGGUGCUACUCUUAACAAAGGAUUUAAUCGAGCUUUGGGGACAUUUUCUGCUGGAGGAUUGGCUUUGGGAAUUGCGGAAAUCUCUGUAUUGGCAGGGAAAUUUGAGGAAGUUAUAGUUGUAAUCAGUAUUUUCAUAGCAGGAUUUUGUGCUAGUUAUGCGAAACUGCACCCAAGAAUGAAGCCAUAUGAAUAUGGAUUUCGUGUGUUCUUGUUGACAUACUGUAUAGUCUUGAUGUCUGCUAGCAAGGCCUUUUUCCAAACAGCAUUUUUUCGGUUGAUGCUUAUAGCAGUUGGUGCUGGGAUAUGUUUGGUUGUAAAUAUAUGUAUAUUCCCCAUAUGGUCAGGGGAAGAUCUGCACAAGUUGGUGGUGAAAAAUUUCCGGGGUGUUGCUGCUUCUUUGGAAGGCUGUGUUAAGGGGUAUUUGGCGUGUGUUGAAUAUGAGAGGAUUCCGUCAAAAAUUCUCACAUACCAAGCUUCUGAUGACCCAUUAUAUAGUGGCUAUAGAUCGGCGGUUCAAUCUUCAAGCCAAGAGGAAUCCUUGUUGGACUUUGCAAUAUGGGAGCCACCCCACGGCCCUUAUAAAAGCUUCAACUAUCCGUGGAGAAACUAUGUCAAAGUUGGCGGUGCACUGAGGCAUUGUGCAUUCAUGGUUAUGGCGAUGCACGGAUGUAUACUCUCAGAGAUCCAGGCACCGCCAGAAAAGAGAAAUGUGUUCCAAAGCAAGCUUCAACGGGUUGGUACGGAGGGAGCUAAAGUGUUGCGUGACCUUGGAAGCAAAGUUGAAAAGAUGGAAAAACUAAGUUCUAACGACAUACUUCUUGAAGUACACGAGGCAGCAGAAGACUUGCAGAUGAAGAUUGACCAGAACUCUUACAUUCUUGUCAAUUAUGAGAGCUGGCAAGGAGAGAAACGGCCGAAGGACUUUGAUGCCGAGAGUUUAAUGGAUCUCAAAGAGAAUGAAAACAAAAAUUUGGUGAUUUCAUCGCUCAGUGAAAUGUGGGAUGCCCAGAAUUCAGUCACGGGCCUUGAUCCUUCCAUGUCAGAGGUGUCCUCAGAUAAUGUUAUGAGGAAACAGUUAGUAUCAUGGCCAAGGUUAUCCUUCUCCACAAAUGCCAUGCCUAAUAUUGAACAAGAAUCAAAAGUAUAUGAGAGUGCAAGCUCCUUGUCUUUAGCAACAUUUGCUUCGCUUCUGAUUGAAUUCGUUGCUAGGCUUCAGAACCUUGUGGAUGAAUUUGAAGAGCUUAGUCAGAACGCAAACUUUAAGGAUCCCGUGGAACAAUCAGAUGCCAAAGAGGUUGCCGGGUUUUGGACAAACCUGCUAAGGCGCCUUCCAUUCACGAGUCGAAAACGGGAUCCAGUUUCCUCAACAUUAUAGUUUCGACUCUAUAUAUUAGGAAUGAUGUCCUAAAAGCAUGUGAUGUAAUAGGAUAUUUAUUAUUUAUUUA